UGUACCUUCACAUGUGUGAGGUGAAUCGCGGAGGCGUUUGGGUAUUUGGAGCUGAAGAGGCAGCAGACGGCGCGCCACUCCUGUCUUCUGUGCUGAACAAGGCGGCACCAGUCGUGAUCCUUAGCCUGCAGUAAUCGCUGCCAGGCCGGGCAAAAGCCAAAAUGGCUGAUCAACUGACAGAAGAGCAGAUCGCAGAAUUCAAGGAAGCCUUUUCACUAUUCGACAAAGAUGGAGAUGGCACAAUAACAAAAGAAUUGGGGACAGUGAUGAGGUCACUUGGUCAGAAUCCCACAGAAGCAGAAUUACAGGACAUGAUCAAUGAAGUAGAUGCUGAUCGUAAUGGCACAAUUGACUUCCCAGAAUUUUUGACAAUGAUGGCAAGAAAAAUGAAGGAUACAGACCGUGAAGAAGAAAUUAGAGAAGCAUUCCGUGUAUUUGAUAAGGAUGGUAACGGUUAUAUUAGUGCUGCAGAACUUCGUCAUGUGAUGACAAAUCUCGGAGAAAAGCUAACAGAUGAAGAAGUUGAUGAGAUGAUUAGAGAAGCAGAUAUUGAUGGUGAUGGUCAAGUAAACUAUGAAGAGUUUGUACAAAUGAUGACAGCAAAGUGAAGACACUGCACAGAAAGUGUUACAUUUCUUGUACAAAUUGUUUAUUUGCCUUUUUCUCUGUUUGUAACUUAUCUGUAAAAGGUUUUCCCCUU